UCAGUGGUGCACUGCGCCCCUGGGACACAGCGGAUCACCAAUCAGCAGAAAGAGCCGAUGACGUCGGCUCUGUCAUGUGAUCAGCUAGGGGACAUUCACAGUGCCCUGAUGAUCAGUGUAGCCCCAUCAGUACCACCUGUAAGUGCCCAUCAAUGCCACCAGCCAGUGCCCAUCAAUGCCACAUAUCAGUGCCUACCAGUACACAUCAAUGCCACAUAUCAGUACUCAUCUGAGCUGCCUUUCAGUGCCAACUAUCAGUGACACCUGUCAGUGCAGCCUAUCAGUGCCCGUCAGUGCCACCUAUCAGUGCUGCCUAUCAGUG